AGAGAGGCAAGCAACCUGGCGAUGUGACCAAAGUUCCCACCUCACUGGUGCUCUCUCUGGUGGAGGCAGAGCAGGGAGGGCUGCAGCUGGGCCCCCAUGGGUGUGAGAGAUGGGCUCAUCCUGUCCCCUGUUCAUCUCCUCCACCUUCCCCUGCCUCGGGGGCUUAGAGACCCUCAAGCUCAUCUUCCCCGCUGCCUUUCCUCCUAAUUCCCACUUACUUGUCCAGCUAAAAAAAAAAAAAAAUUAUGAGACAGUAGAUUCCAAUUUGAGAGCAGGACCUCCCCAGCUACCCCCCACCACCUGGGCAGCAGGGCCUGUUCAGACAACUCGUAACACUGGCCCACCUCUCUGGUAUCUUCCCCAGGAGGACACCUGUCAGGAUUUUGCCAUCUCCUGCACAGCCUGAGGGGAGCUAACAGGCCCCUUUGCAGAGGGUUAGCUGAGCCAUGGAGAGAGCCAGCCUGAUCCAGAAGGCCAAGUUGGCAGAGCAGGCCGAGCGCUAUGAGGACAUGGCAGCCUUCAUGAAGGGAGCCGUGGAGAAGGGUGAGGAACUAUCCUGCGAAGAGCGCAACCUGCUCUCAGUGGCCUACAAGAACGUGGUGGGCGGCCAGAGGGCUGCCUGGAGGGUCCUGUCCAGCAUCGAGCAAAAAAGCAACGAGGAGGGCUCAGAAGAAAAGGGCCCUGAGGUGCGAGAGUACCGGGACAAGGUGGAGACUGAGCUCCGGGGUGUAUGCGACACUGUGCUGGGCCUGCUGGACUCCCACCUCAUCAAGGAGGCUGGUGAUGCUGAGGGCCGGGUCUUCUACCUGAAGAUGAAAGGUGACUACUACCGCUACCUGGCCGAGGUGGCCACAGGUGACGACAAGAAGCGCAUUAUCAACGCAGCUCGGGCAGCCUACCAAGAGGCCAUGGACAUCAGCAAGAAGGAGAUGCCACCCACCAACCCCAUCCGCCUGGGCCUGGCACUGAACUUUUCUGUCUUCCACUAUGAGAUUGCCAACGUCCCUGAGGAGGCCAUCUCGCUGGCCAAGACCACCUUUGAUGAGGCCAUGGCUGACCUGCACACUCUCAGCGAGGACUCCUACAAAGACAGCACCCUCAUCAUGCAGCUGCUGCGAGACAAUCUGACGCUGUGGACGGCCGACAGUGCUGGGGAAGAGGGGGGCGAGGCUCCGGAGGAGCCCCAGAGCUGAGCCACGCCUGCGACCUGCCCUGCCCUGCCCGCUCCAGCCCCCACCCCCUGCAGAGAGGACUAGUGUGGGGUGGGAAGCCUGCUCCUUCUCCCUGAGUGCUUUGCCCCCAGCUCAGGAAGGCUCCGUGGAGAGGGACCGGCAGAGCUGAGGCCACCUGGAGCCAGAAUAUCCCACACUUCAUGUGCUGUCAGGUGCUCUGACCGCUGGUCACCCCACCCGCUCCUGCUCUCUGCACCCCCUUUCUCCCGCCCUGCCCGGGAGCCGGGCCUCUUCGUCUCCCCUCCUGCGUCCCUUCUGCCCCAAGAUCUUAGGAAUUGAGGAGUGUCCCACCCUUGUGGCUGAGAGCUGGACUGUAUGGUGGAGGCUGGGAUGAGUGUGUGUCUGUGUGAUUGAGUGUGUGAGAGUAAGACCAAGGAUGGGAGAGAGGGAAAGCAUGUCUGCUGGGUGUGACCAUGUUUCCUCUCAAUAAAGUUCCCCUGUGACAUUCCUCCUGUCUUCCAGUUAUUGGCCGUGGGCUGGGACUGGGAUUGGUGUAUAGUCUACGAGUCCCUGACUUUGGACCUUUGACUUAGAGUCCUGACCUCCCAUGGGGCUGGCUCAUGACCCACAGGUGGGACUUUGGGAGCAGUGACUCCAAAGGAGAGACCGGGGUUCAGCUCUCUCCAACAGGGUGACCUUGGGCUGGUCCCCGCUGGGACAGGUGAACGCAAAGGCUGCGCGGCGACUCUGGCUGAGGAGAGGUGAGUGGGUGCUGCAGCGCACGAGGCCGGAGAGCUCAACCUGAGAGGGCGUGAGUCUCAGGGCAGCGACGCUGGGGGACGCUGCGGUGAGCGGCACUGAGGACCCCACGUCCGAAAGCGGAAAGGAGUCCCAACAAGGGCCCAGCUCUAAGCGGAGGGAGGACGACCUGAGGCAGGGCUACGAGGCCGCCAUGAAAACCCCAGAUCUGAGGAGAGGCGGACGCCCCCCCCAGCCCUCGUAGAUGGGGACAAAAUGACACGGGGCUGGCA